AUGGCUGCCCUCGCCACCCAACUAGCGACAUUGGAGAACUACUCGGCCUGCGAUGUCUCAGACGCCCUCAUCAAGCUCCAAAAGAUCCCAGCAGGCGAUACCGCACGAGCCGGCCACCUCGCCGAUUUAGUCCCCUUCUCCCCCACCACCGGCCGAAACGAAACAACACCCAAUAUCGCCGCCCCCGCAACAACCUUCCAAUUCAUCCCCAAAGACACCCACCCACCCGCCAUCGCCACAGACAACCCCGACACCUACGGUUUCCCGCCGGGCAAGCACUGGGUCGACUAUGCAGGCGACUACGCCGCGGCCGACCCCUCCAAGGCCGGAUCCAUCGUCGUGAUCGAGCAACCCGAGGCGCAGCACUGCGCGGUCACGGGUGGGAUUAUGGCGACGCGGAUGAAGGUGCUGGGGAUUAAGGCUGCGGUCGUGGGGGGUCGGGUGCGGGAUUUGAGGGAGUUGAGGGCGACUCGGCUUCCGAUCUGGGCGCGCGCUACUUCGACUGUUGGCACGAAUGCCGAGGCUAAGCCCGGGGCCCGUAAUGUGCCGAUUAAUGUUGGUGGCGUGACUGUGUCGCCUGGCGACAUUGUCUUCUGUGAUCCCCUGGAAGGCGUCGUGGUUAUUCCACGCGACUUACUCGGCGCUGUCCUGGAUAACUUGCCCAAAUUGACCGGCAUGGAUGACAAGGCCAAGGAAGCAGUGGCCAUGGGGAUGCCAGUCAUGGAUGCAUUUAAGAAGUUCCGGUCGCCGUUAUAA